UGGAACACCCUGUGGCCACAGGGCAGCACUGUUUCACAGCUUAUUGGCUGGUUUUCUUCACUAAUUACAUGGAGAGUCUCAUUGAUUGUAAGUUUGUCAGUCUGGAGACUCAGUUCGUGGCUGUGAGCGUCAUUUUGUUCAGGAUUUAUUGGAUAUCACAUCACACCUCCAGACCCAGAACACAUUUCCUUCAGCAUUUUACCACCCAGCAGUUUCAGGACAAUUUGAAGGCCUUAACUAUCCUUCCCUGGUUUUUGUGGAAGGAGUGUUGGGGAAAAAAAGACAAAAAAGAAAGCUAAGUGUGUGUGUUACUUCUUGAAGUGAAUGAAAAGUGUGUGUUUGGGGUCAGUUAGAGUAGCAGCUUGAAGGUGUGUUUGUGUGUUGAUCCACUGCAGCAGCAUGUUGCCACCUGUGAGGAAGGACCGGGUCAUUACUCAGCUCCCAAAAUGUUUCAGUCCGAGCGCAGCGCUGCACACCAAAGAUGGCUUCCACCCACAGGUGAAGGCUGCUUGCCAGGUACAGAAGACCGACACAGUGAGCUUUAAUAUCGCCAAGGUCAUCGUAGUGGGAGACGUUGCAGUUGGGAAAACGUGUCUGAUCAGCAGGUUUCGUAAGGGUGCCUUUGAUAAGAACUACAAAGCAACCAUUGGGGUGGAUUUUGAGAUGGAGCGUUUCGAGGUGCUCGGCGUUCCCUUCAGUUUACAGCUGUGGGACACGGCAGGUCAGGAGCGCUUCAAGUGCAUCGCUUCAACAUAUUACAGAGGAGCACAAGCCAUUAUAGUGGUGUUUGACUUAAGCUGUGGGGGCUCUUUAGAACAUGCCAGGCAGUGGCUGGAGGAUGCCAUGAAGGAAAAUGACCCAUCCAGUGUUUUACUGUUCCUUGUCGGUACCAAGAAAGACCUCAGUUCUCCUGAUCAGUUGGCUCAGAUUGAGGAGGAGGCCAUGAGACUCUCUGAGGAAAUCAAAGCAGAGUACUGGGCUGUGUCUGCCAAGUCAGGAGAUGGUGUCAGGGAUUUCUUUUUCAGGUUGGCCUCUCUGACUUUUGAGGCCAACGUUUUGUCCGAGCUCGAGAGAAGCGACUCGAGGCACGUCGGCGACAUUAUCAGACUCACAGACAGCACAGACGCUGAUCACAAACCCAGAAAGAAGAAAUCCAACUGCUGCUGAGGAGGGAGAACGGCCGCCUGCAUGCACUGUUCCUCCGACUACACGGCAACACUCAAUGGCACAAUGAAGGGGAAAUUAAACUGAUAACAUUGACUCAGCAUGCUCAGUGUGGAUACCAUGAUUAGACCCGAUGUCAACUAAAUCAUGUUGUAUUUGUGUUGUUCUGCAAACGGUAUGAGAGGAGGUUGUACAUAAUGAAUUCUAAGUUGAGGCUGUAAACAACAAGAAGUCCUCUCAGGAAUGUUUGUACUGCUUGUCGGGGUCACAACAAAUAAAGCUUUGUGAGAUGCUUGACAUUUAUUUUAAAAGACGGAAGAUUAUUCUCCAGUUUUAUUAAACUACACCUGCUUCCAUAAACACGUGUCUGUCUGAAGCAACAUUUUUCUCACACAUGGGAGAAAAUAUCAGCACCAGACUUUGUGUGCAUUUUUUUUUUUUUUUUGCUUCCUCACUGGUCCUCCUGUCAUGUGUCUGUGUGCUGCUAAUGUGAUGCAUACGCCAGCUCCCAUGACCGUAGUCAUACCCACAACGCAUCUCUCUCCUCUGACAUCAGGGUUGUCAUGACAAUGGAGGGAUUGUUUCGCAGGGAUGCAAACAAACAGGAAGUUUCAUCCGAAGCUAAUUGAUUCCCUCACUCAGUUAAAGUCAAGACGGGAGGAAGAAAUCUUCCAUUAGUCUGCGCAUGUUCUUCUCAUCUCCUAUUUAACACAGAUUUUAUUACAGCUAAUUGAUUAUGACUUGUAAAUAAAUUGGUUUUGAUCACCGUGUUGUCUCUCUCUUGAAAUAGAAAAAGAAAGAAGGCGUAAACAAACCGUGAGUGGAA